AAAUGUCUUCAUACACCAAUGGUGGAGUGGUUGUAGUAGUAGAUGAAAUGGAGAAGCGCGAAAGGAGUGCUGGUGGUCACUUGGUGCUUCUCCCAUGUCCCCUGCAAGGCCACAUGAACCCAAUGCUUCACUUGGCCAAUCUUCUUCACUCCAAAGGUUUUUCUAUCACAAUUGUUCAUACACAAUUCAAAUCUCCAAAUCCUUCCGGAUACCCAUCUGACAUCAACUUUAAAUCUAUCCCUGAUGGCUUAUCAAAAGAUCAAGAGGAUGAUUUAGUAUCUCUCCUCUUAAAUCUUAAUCUAAAUUGCGAAGCUCCAGUUCGCGAUUUCUUGUUGCAAAUGCAAUCUAACCGCAGCGGGCAAGAACCAUUUUUGGGUAUCAUCCAUGAUGCUAGUUUGUACUUUGUAUCAGCCAUUGCAGAUGAUAUGAAGCUUCCUAGAUUUGCUUUCAAAACAAACAAUAUGACUUUUUAUGUUGGUUAUUUGCUAACCACACAAAAGGGUUGCCAUCCAAUCAAAGAUGAGGAAUUGGAGGAGCCAGUCUUUGUGCUACCAUUCCUUAAAAUCAAGGACCUACCAGAGGUCAAAUCAUCAGAUUUGCAUAUACAAGUUGGUAAAAUGGUUGAUGCAACAAGGACUGCUACUGCAGUAAUUUGCAACACCUUGAAGCAACUUGAACAAAAUGCAUUACCCAUGUUUCAACAAGAUCUUUCUAUACCUGUCUUCCUUGUUGGUCCUCUCCAUAAAUACUCCAUAUCUCCUCCUACUACUGCAACAGAUAGAAGUUGUAUUUCUUGGCUAGACACUCAAGCACCUAGCUCUGUUAUCUACAUAAGCUUUGGUAGCUUAGUUACCAUCAGUGGAAGUGAACUAGUGGAGAUGGCUUGGGGGUUAGCCAACAGUAAAAAAAACUUCCUAUGGGUGGUAAGACCUAGCUCAGUCCAUAACUCACAAUGGGUGGAACUGCUUCCCAAAGAGUUUGAAGAGCUAAUAACAAAUGGAAGGGGUAGGAUUGUCAAAUGGGUACCUCAACAGGAAGUAUUAGCUCACCCUGCCAUUGGAGGCUUUUGGACACACUCUGGUUGGAAUUCAACAUUAGAGAGUAUAACUGAAGGAGUUCCUAUGCUUUGUUCACCUAGAUUUGGGGACCAAAGGAUAAAUGCUAGACUGGUAAGUUGUGUGUGGGGAGUGGGAAUACAAAUAGAAAAUGAUGGGAUGGAGAGAGGAUUGAUAGAGAAGAGUAUAAGAAGAGUUAUGGUUGACAAGGAAGGGAUGGAGAUGAAGAGAAGAGCCAUGGAUCUUAAAGAAAAAAUAGAAAUUUCUCUCAACAAAGGUGGUUCUUCUUAUGUAGCUUCGGAGAAGCUGAAAUUUUUUAUCAAAAAUGGAUAGAAUAAUUUAUCAUAUUAUUAUUCUAGUGUAAAUAACUUUGUUGCUCAAGUAAAAGAGAUCCAACUUGUAUAGAAGUGGAAAAGAAUUUUAAUGGACAGCUUUCAAUCUUUAAUGCUCAUAUUAUUUUAAGUCAAUAAAAA